AUGGGCGCGCUCCGGCACAAGGACCCCUUAUUCUGUACGCAAGGGGCCCUAGCACAGCUCUUCUUUUGGCGCUGGCACGUCGCCGGCGAACCGCCCCCGUCCUUCCGGCGCCGUCAGGACUGGUAUCGGAUCAAGGUCCUCGUCGGGCGGGACCGCGAGCAGGAGCUCUCGUACCCGACGCAGCUACAAGAGACCUGGCGUAUCUUCGGCGCUGCCGGCCUUAUCGCGUCGAAGAAGACGCACCUCCCGCGCAGGGUGGGCGCCCAGGACGCGGAGACCCAUGGCACGUCGCUCGCCCAGAUCUCGCAGGCCGGCCGCUGGAACCAGAGCGUGCUCUGCCAGGCAUAUCUUACGCACCUACCGCGGCAGUUCAUGCGUAUCGUCGCCGGCUUCUCGGCCUCCCGGGGACUACUUCCUCGCGCGUGCGGCUCACGAACCCCGACCUGGCCGUCCUACAGCUCCGCUACCCGUCGCUACCGUUCUUCGCCUACGCCCUUUAGCGGGCCCGAGUGGGACGAGUUCGCCGUCGCCGUGCGGUCCACCGCGGUAGGGGCUAUGGAGCCGAAUAGUCAGCGGCUCGCCAUCCGGCUUGAGGCCCGGCUGGACGGGAUUCAGGGCGGCCUCGAUGCCCUCCUCCAAGGCAAGGUCCCUAUCACCUUUACCGGUUACUUCGGAGCCGGAGCCUCUGGUACCAGGCAUGCCUAUCGUCACAGCCCUGGCAAGGGUCUUUACGGUGGGGACGUCUGGAAGGAGUGGGAGGAAGGAGUGCAGUUCUGUCGCCGGAAGGUGAUCUGGGACGAGCUGUUGGCCCGUAUGGCGUCCGGCAAAUGCAAGGAGGCGGCCGUUGCAGAGCUAGAGCUGUUACGCGCCGGCCGAAGCUUGAACCGACUCGUCGACGAACUCAAACAGCGCCGACGGCGGGGCCAGGAUCGGGGCCAGGGCCAGGGCCAGAUACGGGUCCAACUCGAGGUCAGGGCCGUCGGGGGAGGACCCGGCUGGGAAAGCGGACCGCCCUCGUCGACGUAA